AUGGAGGGACUCCCCACCUCAAACUUCUCCACAACGUCUUCAAUCGAAAACGAAAGUUCAGAAGAAGAUCAACAGCCACACGUUGAUAUGUCCUUUGCCAAAGGAUUUAUGACAGUUGUCUACAUCGUCGUCUGCCUUGUUGGAACACCAGGAAACCUCUGGAUCAUCUACAAGCUCUUCCGUGCCAAACUCUGGAGCGGUGCUUCUGUCCAACUGACCGUUGCACAAAGAUCUCGAAUCUACAUCUUCGCUCUUGCUUGUUCCGAUAUGUUCCUCCUUCUGACACUUCCCGCGACUGCUAGCUACAACUAUCAUGGUACCUGGAUUUUCGGAUCUGCUGCGUGCUAUAUCAUCCGCUCGAUUGAAAUCUUCGCUAAAUUAUUCUCGGUGAUCUUGCUGACUGUGAUGAGCUUGGAAAGAUAUAUCAUUGUAUGCACCAGACUUCGUCAUGUCUACCGUGCCUGGAUGUCAUUGGUACCGCUUGCCUUCGGGACAGUCUUUGGAGUCCUCGUUCCUACCGUCAUUCAUUACCUUUACCUUCAACACUUCUCAGUUCCAUUCCCGGAUUCUGAUGUCACUUGGGUUUGUCUUCCAAUCAUGUCCAAUGACGUCUUCAACACAUUUGCCCAGUAUACAUUCUCCGUCGGUUUCAUCAUCCCGUUUGCGAUAAUGACUGCUUGCUAUAUAAUGCUCGUUCGUCAUGUCAAAACGAAAUACAAGAUGCGUCGGGCUCAACAGACAACAACGUUGGCGAAAUCGGGAAAAGAGCCAAGAUAUAUGAGUGAAGUGAGGAAAAGCAUCUGGAGAAUUGCCGUAUUUCAUUUUGUGUGUUGGGCACCGUUCUGGGGAUUCACCAUGUUGCCUAAUUACAUUUAUCAAAUCGAUCAGUUUUUCAACGGAGAAAGUGAGGAGGAGAGUGGAGGAGAAAGCAUUCUACUGGUCUACUGUCGUCUAGUUUCGAAUUGCCUCCCGUAUAUAAACGCAGCUGGAAACUGGGUACUUUAUGCUCUUCUGAAUGUGGAUGUACGGAAACACAUCUACAAUCAACCCAAGAAGAAGAGAAAGUUUACAUUGAAAUUCAACCCAGUUAAUACAUCAUCCAACUGCUAA